AUGGCGUCCAGCGCCUCCCGGUUCAUCAAGUGCGUGACGGUCGGCGACGGCGCCGUCGGCAAGACCUGCAUGCUCAUCUGCUACACCAGCAACAAGUUCCCCACCGUAAUGCCCACACCCUCCCAUCUCUCUCUCCGUCUUCCGGGUACAAAUUUCGGGCUCUCUUGGGUUCCAGGAAACACCAGCUGCUGGGCUCAGGAUUUCCCCCAUUUGCAUCCUGGUCCGGACUAUGUGCCCACCGUGUUCGACAACUUCAGCGCGAACGUGGUGGUGGACGGCACCACCGUGAACCUGGGCCUCUGGGACACUGCAGGGCAGGAGGAUUACAACAGACUGAGACCGCUGAGCUACCGGGGAGCCGACGUCUUCGUGCUCGCCUUCUCGCUCGUCAGCCGCGCCAGCUACGAGAACAUCAUGAAGAAGUGGCUACCGGAGCUUCAGCACCAUGCACCCAGCGUGCCGAUAGUGCUGGUUGGUACAAAAUAUGAUCUCCGCGAAGACAAACAAUACUUACUUGACCACCCUGGCGUGGUGCCUGUUACUACAGCUCAGGGGGAGGAACUCCGCAAGCACAUCGGCGCAACCUGUUACGUCGAAUGCAGCUCAAAGACACAGCAGAAUGUAAAAGCUGUGUUUGAUGCUGCCAUCAAGGUAGUGAUCAAGCCUCCAACAAAGCAGAGGGAACGGAGGAAGAAGAAAGCACGACAAGGAUGUGCAUCAUUGUGA